AUGGCAAUCAAACGUAGAUCAGAAAAUGUUAAGAAUAGUGCCAAAGCUGUUAAGAAAGUAAAACCAAGUUUACUGAAGUUGAAAAAAGUCAUAGAUAUAGAGUCGAGCGUGGUGAAUUACUCUAUAUGCAUACCGACAACUGUCAUCGACAAUUGUUGUAACUUAGAACAGGCUACAUUUACCGCGUACCAAAUUGCCAAGACAGCCGUUUUGUUCAAUAUCCAAGAAAUUAUAGUUUUAGACCUGUCAAAGGAUAAAAGGCACGAAAGGAAAACAAGGCCAAAGGAAAGCACUUCGGAUUGCUUGCUUCUUGCUACACUACUGCAAUAUUUCGUGACGCCUCCAAAUUUACUCGAUGUUACGUUCAAGAAGAAGAACAGGUUAUAUUUGAAGCACGCAUUUACAUUUCCGCCAUUGGGUCAAUUGCCGUUUAUGAAUGAAUCCGCAGAGGGAAACUACAAAGAAGGUUUGUCUAUUGCACAAGAUUCCUCAGCGAAGGACUCAGACGAGAAUUUGACUAAUUUGGUGUAUAUAGGAAAAGAGAAAACCAUUAAAUUACCUAACCAAAAUAUUCCCAAGACUGUACGUGUAACGGUUGACACACAGCGCAAAGAAGUAGUAUCGCCCAGAGAUGCCUACAAAAACAGCCCAUUGGGAUAUCACGUUCGCGUGUCCAACACUUUGGAUGAAGUUUCCGAAGGAUACACAAAGACUCUUUGGGUCAACAGUGGCGACUACCACUACGACGAAGCUUUGUCAAGGAACUACAAGGCAGAAACGAAACUCCCAUACGUUACAAAGAUAACAAAAAGCUCAAAAUCACAACCACCAUGCAAUAUACUGCUUAUCUUCGGCAAAUGGGACCACUUGAAGCGUUGUUUCAAAAGAUCUGAUCUAGAGUCGUCAGCGUUGCACCACUACUUCUCAGGGCAACUAGAAUUUCCAGGUACAGUACCCCAGGGGAAGCUGACCAUCCAAGACAGCUUCCCAAUAGCCCUCACCAUGCUCCAACGUUGGACCAGCUGA